UCAAACAUUGCAUGAUGGGAAACUUUGCGUAAUCCAUGACGAAAGAGGGUUUGUUGCAAACGUGCGUGCAAACUUCUGAAUCUUCCAUGAAAUUAAGGACGUUUUAAAGCUUCUCCUAAGGACAGACGACUUUGGAAGGAAGUCCAAGACAACUGGACGUCUUAAGAAGUGUGCAAUGUGGUUGUUGAGGACUUUUAGAUAGCAGCAAGCCUGUGUAAACAACUGGAAGAGACGAGACCAACAUGGCAAGGAGAGGUCAUACCACCACUAGGAUCACGCCUCUGCAGCAGAUGGCAGCGUCUUGUUCUGGGGCAUUUCUUACGUCUCUGUUUGUCACCCCUCUGGAUGUGGUGAAAAUCCGUCUCCAAGCUCAGCAAAAACCCUUUGCCAAAGGAAACUGUUUCCUAUACUGUAAUGGAUUGAUGGACCACCUGUGUGUGUGCCUCAAUGGGAACAGCACAUCCUCCUUAAAACCCUGGUACAGGAUGCCGGGGAAAUUCAAUGGGACACUGGAUGCCUUUGUACAGAUCUCCAGAAAUGAAGGCCUCAGGUCUCUGUGGAGUGGGCUGCCACCGACUCUCAUAAUGGCGGUACCUGCGACAGUGGUGUACUUCACCGCGUACGAUAACCUGAAGGAAGCCAUGGGGUUUGUGCCGGGGAAGAAAAACUACACGGUGCCGAUAGUGGCAGGCAGCAUCGCAAGGAUAAUUGCGGUGACUGCCAUCAGCCCUUUGGAGUUGAUAAGAACAAAAAUGCAGUCCAAGAAACUUACAUACCAAGAGCUGAAGUCGUGUAUCAGAAGUUCUGUACAGAGUGGAGGUAUACUGUCCCUGUACAGGGGCUGGGGACCUACCGUACUCAGGGAUGUUCCAUUCUCAGCACUCUACUGGUUGAACUACGAGUACUUUAAGUUCCAGUUAUGUGAAGUGUACCACACAGAAGAACCUACCUUAGUCAUGUCAUUCUUUGCUGGAGCUACCUCAGGAACAAUUGCAGCAGUCCUGACUUUACCAUUUGAUGUCAUCAAGACUCACCGACAGAUAGAGCUGGGGGAGAUGGAGACCAUGCAACACUGUUACCAAGCCUGUGGUCGCAGUCUUGCCUUCAUCAACUGCCUCUGUAUACAACAGGAGAGGCUGCACUGGGCUCCCCAGUCAUCCAGCACAUUUAUACUCAUGAGGAGGUUAUGGAUGCAGAAUGGGCCCAAGGCACUCUUUGCAGGUCUGACCCCCAGGGUAGUGAAAGUUGCGCCGGCCUGUGCCAUCAUGAUCAGCUGUUACGAAGGCUUCAAAUCCUUCUUCAGGAGAAGAAACGAGCAAAAGAGAGCAGAGCUCGCUGCCUGGGAAUGAACAACUACACACAGAAAACUACUGCGAGAGAGAAAAGGCUGUUCAGAAAGACUUCAAGUGUUGAAGUAUAGUCUCUAGGCCUAAUGAAUAAGAGAUGUCAGAAAAUAUACUGUUGAAAAGAGGACAUCUCUUGCAAAAAUGCCUCAGUCCCUGAGGUGUUGCCAUAAAGGGAAGAAAAUGAUGCAAGGUGGAUGGAAGAGAAACAACAGAAGGUAAAAUGUCUCAUGAUGCCUUGCAAUGAGUGAAAACAAGAGAAGUGAAAGAAUAAGAGAAGGAGGAAAGAACAAGAUUGAAAGAAGAAUUAAAGAACAAGAGAAAGACAAGUUUGUACUGGUCAGGAUUUAAGUGCAGGACAUACAAGAAAGGGGACUGCAGAAAUGAGACAAUUAUUAUCAAGGAAGUCAUUGGUUUUCUAACAAGGCUCCAUAUGUGACUGUUUCUGUAUCCAGACUGUAUGGUUCGAGAAUAGAUAGAUAGACUGCAGAAUGAAUAACAUGUUGAAAAAUGAAAGGAAAGAAUAUGUCCGUUUCCUAUGUAAAAUGACAGUUCUUAUCAAAUGUUUUCAGGUACAACCAUUGUAAUACUUCUCAAUACUCUUUGGUUUUAUUCUGAAUGCUCAAGUGAUUAAGGUUGUAUUCUAUGUUAAAUGGUUCCCCCUCUGCCAUACGACUAACACUGUUACUGGUGCCAAACUAGGCCAUCUGUGCACAUACAAGUAAAAUAGGCAAAAACUAAUGAUGAAAACAACUUACAUAACGGUCUUACUAUACAAAGGAUGGGGGAGAACAUAAAAGUGAAAUUUGCCUGAAAAUUUGUAUGUAGACCUAUGUACAGGUCACAGUUUUUUUUAAGUUGAUGAAAGUAAAGACAUGGUGACAUUUUGUUAUCUGUCUUUUGUUUAAGAAAGACACAGGUAACAUUAAGCCAGUUAUCAUGUAAUAAAUGUACAUUUUUGUUCAUUUUCCUUCAUUUCCCUUCACAAUAUGUAUGCUCACUGUACACCUUUU